CACCGCAUAGCGUGUUUUUCUUCAGAGGUGCAAAAAUCCUUAUUCGACGAGUUAUGCAGCAGCGCGAACACCUGUCGCCGCACCGAGCGACAGAGCGCCGCGAGCACAGCCCAGAGUCGGGAGCCGACAGCGACGCCCCGCGGAUACCUCGCCUACUUCCGAGCCGCGCCGUAUUCGCCACGGAGCACGCUGCCGACGGUCUUCUGGGACUACUCGCCAGCCACGCUGAUAAGCAACUGCCACUAUUGGACCAGCACGAGCUGCAUCGGCGGCGGCAGCUGCCAGGCAACCCUCUACCCGUCAUGUCGCUUGAGGCUUCCGCCAGCGCCUUGCACCCGGCGGGCAUUCUACAGCGAAGCGAAGCGACUGCUCAGGAACGACCCAGAACCAGCACCACCAGUGGCUAUAUAGAGGACAAGGCUCCACUGGCGUCGCCGCUUGUGUCGUUUCUCGGUCGGUCCAGCAAACUAGGUUCACCUCGCCUGCCCGACAACGUGACGUCACCUCGCUCCGUGUGGGAAGAGAGCCCACAGAACGAGAGGCUGGACCCCACAGCGAGUCCAAGACAGACCGUCACCUCCACUAGUCGACUCGUUCCUACGCCGCCUACCACGUCCUCGUGGCGUAUACACAAUCUCCUCUCGCCAGACCCGACAGUGAAUAUUCAGACCUACAGCUCUCACAAGCGCCGCACGCCUCCUUCUUCGCCACCUCAGGAACAGACAGACGUAGCAACAAGCGCUGCAAAACGUCCUCGUCUUUCUCGUCGUACGUCGUCACAGUGGCGUCAAGAGCUGUCACCACGUGACCGCGCCAAGACACGUGAGCGUAUCAUGCGUAGUCUGCACAUGCACUGUCAGGGUGACUACGAAAAGCUCGUGCUGAUGCUCUCAGCCAUGGAGGAGGAGCUUCUGCAUAUAAAGACGACGUCUACUGAGUUCUACGCACAACAAGCUUUUGAACUCAGCGACCUCAUCGAGCACGCAAUGCUCGAACGUUAAACCCUCGCUGAAGGAUGUGUGCAUAUGUAAAUGUGAGGUUCGCGACGGGAAACAAUAGAUCCCGAAGCCGGACUGAUACGACGAGAGGAGAUGGUGUCGUAGGAAGCGCCAUGGGACGAGAAAUCGCAAGGACAAAGCGGGUCCCUGGAGUGCGCAUAAAGAGAAAAUAUGUCCAGAAGGGAGUCACCCACAAGAGCAAGUCAAAAUGAUUAAAUAAACAGGAUGUGUAGAUGCAACUGGAAAUAGCAAACACAUUUAGAGAAAUAUCCUUACUUAAUUCUUAAAGGCGUCUGCUCAGGGAAG